AUGGGGCGACACUCUCGUGGCCUGAGCUGCCUACUCCUGGUUGGGGUCGGGGUAGAGUGUCUUGACGUCCCACUUGAAGUGGUCCGCGGCGAUGAUGUGCUUCAUGGCCUCGGUGAACACGUCAGGGUCGUGUUGUGGAAAAGCUUCUUUCAUGAACUCCUUGACCGGAGCCGAGGUGGCGAAGAUGUCGACAAUGAGUUUCUUGAAAAGGUCGCUCUUGCGUCCCUUCGGCAUCAAAGUCUCUCGGAUGUCGUACUUUGUCGUUUCGACCAAAGCAGCGCGCGCCUCUGCGUCCAUCUUCGCUUUCUUCACACAUUUGUAGUCCUCCGAUUGCCAGUAGCGCUUCGCCCCGCGGCAUUCUGGCUCUUUGUCUUCAAGGCACGUUGGGCAUAUCCACUCGCGCUCGAAGAGGUGCUCGGGCGGGCACCAGAAACCGACGACGAUGCCCGCGACGCAGUCGGGCACGGGUCGACAUUUGCUGACAAUGCCGAUGAGGAGACGUUGGACGUGCCCCGAGCGUUCAAGGGGUGGGAGCGCUGGCGCCGCCACCAGGACGCCCUCGACGACCAGAGCAGCGACAGCGACGACGACGACGAGUUCUUCGUUCCCGCGGCCGGCGCCGCGGCCAACGGCGCGGCGCCGUCCUCCUCGUCGUCGUCCUCCUCCGAUGAGCGUGACGAGGAUCAUCAGAAGGAGGUAAAAGCGGCCUACAACGCCGCGGUGCAGCGACACGAACAGGAGCAGGAAGAGUGGAGGAAGCAAAUCGGACAGUUCCUAUUGUAUCACGCUGAGGCAAGAGAUGAGCAGGGUUCACGUUCUCUGACAAUUCAAGGAUGUAGACCCAGUGAAUGGGAGUGUCUUAAGGAGGAAUGCGACCAAUGCUCCACUUUUGAUCGCGUAGACCUCGACGACCCAGUUGUUUGGAACCACAUAAUGGAACAAUAUGUAGAAGUGCAGAGUUCGCUCCUGUUCCAUGAUGAUGAUGAAGGACCAGCAGAAACCCCGAUGGAGGGCCACCGCCAGCGAAAGAACGGCUCGGUGCGGGUCUUCGUCUCGAAGAGUAUCGACGACAGCCUCGAGGGCACCCCGCGCCGUGCCAGUGAACGAGAUGCGGACCAAGCUCACUGGUCUCGUACUCGACCACCUCGAAUUUGCGGACGUGCUACAUUUGCACAUGAUGACCAACUCCGCGAAGCCAUAUUUCGCCAGAAUCGUGAUGAAGAAACUGCUGGAAGAGCUGAGCAUGGGCCAUUUCUACGAGCCUCUGAUUCAGUGCGGCGUCGUGAGCAUUCAAGUGCUGCAAGACGAGGGGCUCAUCUCGAACGAUGA